UAAACCGUUGGCUGAUGGUAGCACGAAACCAAAGUUUUCUGAACCGCUAGCGUCGUUUUUUACAAGUGAUACCAAAGUGAUGAUUUUUGAGAAGUUUCCCCGAGCAGUUCAAGGUUCAACUGAACCAUCUGCAACGCAGCAACAUGCAAUGCAACAACAUACUGAUCCCCCCGGGACUUCAAAGGCCGUAAGGAAAAAGGGCACUAGCAAAAGAAAACGGAACGAAAAGGACACUGCAGCUGGAAAGGAUGUGGAACCAAUCCAGACAUGCGGGGAAAGAAGUCCAGUGGUUUUGUUUAUGAAUAUGGCUGACGAGCAGCGCAAGCGACAACUAACCAAGUUUGUCGAAACGCUUGGAGGGCAAGUUACAGAUACAGGAAGCAAGUGCACUCACGUCUUGACAGGCCAAGUUCGACGAACUAUGAACUUCUGUGCAGCUGUUUCUGUCGGAGCCUGGAUUUUAUCGCCAGAAUGGUUACGAUCAAGUGUCGAAGCUAAAACAUUCGUAGAUCCUAUUCCUUUCGUUCUGGAGGAUGCUGACUUCAAGGCAAACUAUAACACUGACGUCGCAAGCGUGAUCAAACGCGCAAGAGCGAAGCCACUGUUUCAAGGAUUACAAGCUUGUCUGACCCCUCAUAUCGAUCAAGUUCUCCGUGAGCUUAUCGAAUCUGGCUGUGGCAAGGUCGUGUCCCGGAUUGAGGAGCUUACUAUGCCAGUGUCAAAAUCAUUCGUCAUCUCUUGCAAAGCCGAUGCCAUGCAAGCUAGAAACGCUUCAAGCGUCGGGCUUCGAGUCUUCGACACGGAAUGGCUGAUUCGCUCUGUAAUGAAACAAGAGCUGGAUAUUGAGGUCAAGGACGGCCUGACGAUUGUCACCACCGUUACUUAGCUACGAAGCAUCAUCCUUUUUUUUGUUUGGGGAUUUUUUAAGCUCUUUUUCCCAUUUUUGUCUCAGUGUUUGAUUUUAUUUGCAGGUAAUAAAUUCAACUGUGAGUUGGAUCA